AUGUCGCAAUCACAACCGCUACCUUCAGCACUCCUCACCCUCCUUCUCCCCUUCUCGAUAUCCCUCUUCCUCUACCUCAGCAUAACACACCUCCUCAUUCCCCUCUGGCGGUCUCACUCCUCCAAUCUCCCAAUCGACACAGUCUCUGAGAUCGGGACACGAGUAAAAGAUAGUGUGACGAGGGGAGUCACAGGACUAGUGGGCAGAUUCAGGAAGCCCGAGGAGUGGGAUGAGGAUGCUGGAGAAGAGGAUGAAGAGUCGGGUAUGUUGAACUAUGAGGAGGAUAGGGGGAGGUUGUGGAGGGGAAGUGUGCCUCCGCCGUUGGUUGACGAGGAUGAGUGA